AUUCAAAGUGAUGAUGGAAAUGAAAUAAUCUAAUGAAACUUCGUUUUUGCAAUUAGCUUAAAAAGAUCUUUGCUGAUAUCGGCAUUUGGAGCUAUGACAUCAUCAAAAAUUUUAUGACGUCAUUUAUUUGAUGUACAGUGAAUUAUCUGAAAGCGCUAUGAAAGACCCCAUACCCAUGUAAAAUCAGCAGAUGUCUUAAAGAGGAAAUGAAACCAAUUUUUUUUGUUAAAUCCUGAAUCCCCAGAAUAAAUUAUCCACAUGGAAAUCCAAAAUAACUUAUAAUCCAAAAGUUCAAUGUAUUUAGAGAAUUUUCGGCUAAACUACGAGGGCGAUACUGACUUCAGUUUUUCAACGAAAAAGUGGCACCGACCGCUCGCUGUUUAACUAGUCUCGUUUUGAAUGUUGUGACGUAAAGUUAUGGACACGUGCGGUGUUUCGCAAUAUUUACAUCCCGUUUCUACGUACUGAAACUUUAGAUUAGCUAUGGAGUCAGGUAACAAAACUAAGGUUCGUGUUGGUCUACGAUGUGUUGCAGGCACUUUAGACAAUAAAAGCUGUUGUAAUGACAGUUAUACUAAGGAUAUAAGCAUCCAUCGUUUUCCAAAGGACCCUGCUGUACGCCGGCAGUGGACUAAAUUUGUUAGAAAGCGUAGGACCAAUUUUGACCCAAGAGAAUUUUCAAACCCCGUCCUCUGCUCAGAUCAUUUUGAACCAGGUUGCUACACAAGGAGCGUAGCUAGUCUACUAGAGGGGUACGACACUUCAAAAACAAAAAGGUUUUUACAGCGAGAUGCUGUUCCGACAGUAUACGUGGCUUCAACCGGAAAUGAAGGAAAUUCAACGUCUCAGUCUAAACGGGAAAGAAGAAAGGUAAGAUUUCAUUUUCUUUGUCUACUUCAUUUUUCAAUAUAUUCCUUUAAUUAACGUUUAUAUAAAGCAAAAGUUACGAUACAUAAAAUGACAAGGUCAACUACAAUAUAUAUCUCUGUUUGUUGAGGCCCCUUUCAAACGUAUACAUCUUGGUUUAAACGUGGAGCUCGCGUUUAAACCUUCCCCCUUAAAAUUAGUAGAUUGGGUACAACAGAAUAAAAAGUUAACAGAACUCGCCACUUCUUGUCCGUUUACACAAAACAAUUGGUUUUAUCAAAAUCGCCCCGUGAUAAAAGUUUUCAUAACAAACUAUUGGUGUUAAUUGUGACGACUUUUUUUAGAAUGUUGGCAUUGCAAUUAAAAAAACAAUAUUUUGUAUCUUCUACAAAAGUCGGGCCCUUCCAAUUUGAAGCUUUACAAAAUAUAUGUGUGCAUAUAAAACAUUUAUCAAAUUUUAUCGAUUGCAUCCGGGGCGGAGCCAAAAAUUUUUUUUGGAGGGUUAAAGAAGUAACUUUUGCCAACAAAAAGGGCGUAUCUCACUCAUUAAGGUUGUGGUAAAAAAAUAAAUACCUUUAUAUGUUGUUUUUCUGUUUCAAAGUUCAUACUUUAAUGCCAUACUUUGAAAGUUCAACUACUACAGAAAUGUGAAUAAGUUACAAUUGUUGCAAAAAGGUUACAGGAAGAGUACAAAAUUGCUUUUUCCGGCAAAAAUCCUCAGUGUUGGGGGGGGGAGGGGGUACCACACCUACCGAACCCCCUUGGCAACGCCCCUGGAUUCCAUAAAUGUUGUAGCUCAAAUUCACAUUCUGUUUUUCAGGGUGUAAGAGAUGCAAUGAAUGUAGUUUCUGUAGCGGAUACACAAACGGACCUAUUUGAAGAGCCAUUAUUCGACGAAGCAACAUCUUCUAAAACUGAUAAAUCGCAGACAGUCUUUACAGAAACCAGCAUGGAAGCAACUCCAUUUGUAGAUGUGUCAAGUCUAUCCUGUCAAGAUUGCAAGGUGAAAGCAUCAAGAUUGAAAAAUUUGAACCGAAGAGUGAAUCGCCAAAAUCUGAAAAUAAUAAAACAGAAAAGGAAAUUAACAAGGCAAAAGAAUGUAAGUUCACGGUACAUAAUAAUAUUUGCCGAUAUGCCAAAUUUCAAUUCCAUCUCAUUUCCAUAUAAAUUUAUUUUUGUAACCCAUUCUCAUUUACGCUUUGUUUGUAGGCAAUCAAUUACCUAAAACGCAAAGUUAAGAAAUUCAGAGAGUCUAAACAAGGACAGCCAACUAAGCUCGUAAAUAACAUGGACGUUGAAGAGACAGACAGUGAUUCUGAUUCCUGCAAAAGUUUCGCUGAAAAUGAUGAUGAGUGGAAUCCAGUAGGAGCUGAAGAUGAAUCUGAAGACAGCGACGAAGAAUUUGUAAAUGAGGAAGAAAUAGACAGUGAUGAAAAUGAUGAUGAUGAAAAAGUAACCAAUGAAACAAGAGGGAACAUUAGCAAUGAUGCAACCUACACUGUCGGGAGUGAACCAAAGUUCAUUUUAUUUUACUCGCUGCUAUUCAACCUGUUUAGUAUGUUCUGUUUCCGAUGUAGAGCUGAUCAUCCAUCUGUAUCAAUGAAAAAGAAUGGAACCAUGGUGACAGUAAGGCAGGAUUGUACGGCAUGUGGAGAAAAUGCAUUCACCUGGAAGUCCCAACCAACGAUGAAGGGCGGUUUUCCAGCAGGCAAUUUGUUGCUAAGUUUUGGAAGCCUUAUGGCAGGUGCCUCCAUAAGCAAGAUACUUCUGGUUUUUCGGCACAUGGGAUUAUCAGCAUAUACGGCUAGAGCCUACUACUAUCAUCAACAGAAGUUCCUUUUUCCAUCUGUUCUAAGACAUUGGGAAGUCUAUCGUUCAAAACUGGUGAGUGAGCUUGCCAAUAGAGAGGAUCUGGUAUGGUGUGGUGAUGGUCGAUUCGACUCGAUGGGCCAUAGUGCGAAAUAUGGUGCCUAUACCAUGCUUUGCUGUACAUUGAUGAAAAUUGUUCAUUUUGAAAUUGUUCAGGCAAAUGAAACAAAGGGUAGCAAUCAAAUGGAACUGGAAGGAGUAAAGAGAUCGUUUAGUUUUUUAUCAUCUUUUUGUAUAUAUGUACCAAUAUUUAUAUCGGAUAGACACUACGGAAUCACAAAAUGGAUACGUGAGAACCAGCCUCAAACAAAACAUUAUUUCGACUUAUGGCAUGUGGUGAAAUCAAUUAUGAAAAGGGUAAGAAGUAGCGGGAAAGAGAAGGGAUGUGAGAUACUUCUUCUGUGGAUGAAAGGGAUUCGAAAUCACCUUUACUGGUGUGCAACCUCAACUCAAGUUGGAUUCGGAGACCUUGUUUUGGCAAAAUGGAAAUCAUUUACUAAUCAUGUUGCAAAUAAGCACAGGAAUCACGAAGACCCCCUAUUUAAAAAUGGUGUCCAUGAACCAAUUACUGAAAGAAGAAAAUGGAUCAAAAUAGGUACAGCGCCAUUUGACAAACUGAAGGCAAUUGUAUCUGAUCCAAAACUUUGCAGUGCAGUUAAGAUGCUAUCAUCCAAUGACCAAACCAGUUGUCUUGAGAGUUUUCAUUCAACUCUUAAUCAAUGGCACCCAAAAAUGUUGCAUUUCUCCUGGAUGGGAACGAAUGUAAGGUAAAAGUUUGGCACUGAGAUUCUUGCAAAG